CGAAAGAGUGAGAAGAAACGGACCAAUCCCAGAGGAGUUGCUUGUUAGGGCUUUCCUUUCGUUCUCCAAGCCAGUGCCGGACUGGAACGCCUUGACCUUGUGCUUCUCUAAACUUGUACACACUGUGUUUGCUUCUGAGAGGAGAGUGAGACUGAGACUGAGAGAGAUCGUCGUCUUCGACUUCGCGAAAUGGCGCUGGCUUUCGACGAGUUCGGAAGGCCCUUCAUAAUCCUCAGGGAGCAGGAGCAGAAGACCCGGUUGAGGGGCCUCGACGCUCAGAAAACCAACAUUUCGGCCGGCAAAGCUGUUGCUCGCAUUCUCAGAACCUCUCUUGGACCCAAAGGCAUGGACAAGAUGCUUCAGAGCCCCGAUGGCGACAUCACCAUUACCAAUGAUGGUGCAACGAUCUUGGAGCAGAUGGAUGUUGACAACCAAAUUGCAAAACUGAUGGUUGAAUUAUCUAGAAGUCAGGAUUAUGAAAUUGGUGAUGGCACCACGGGAGUUGUUGUAUUGGCUGGAGCACUUCUUGAGCAAGCAGAGCGGCUGUUGGAACGAGGAAUUCAUGCAAUUAGGAUUGCUGAGGGCUAUGAAUCUGCAUCCCGAAUUGCUGUUGAACAUUUGGAGCGUGUAGCUCAUAAGUUUGAAUUUGGACCAACCAAUCUGGAGCCUCUGGUUCAAACUUGUAUGACUACCCUCUCUUCAAAAAUUGUCAACCGGUGCAAGCGUAGCUUGGCCGAGAUCGCUGUCAAAGCUGUGCUUGCUGUAGCUGAUCUAGAGAGAAAAGAUGUUAACCUAGAUCUAAUUAAAGUAGAAGGAAAGGUUGGGGGGAAAUUGGAAGAUACAGAGCUGAUAUAUGGAAUUAUUGUAGACAAGGACAUGAGCCAUCCACAAAUGCCAAAGCAAAUUGAAAAUGCUAAAAUUGCUAUCCUGACUUGCCCCUUUGAGCCUCCCAAACCAAAGACUAAGCAUAAGGUUGAUAUUGAUACAGUGGAGAAGUUCCAAACAUUACGGAAGCAAGAACAGCAGUAUUUUGAUGACAUGGUUCAAAAAUGCAAGGAUGUAGGUGCAACCCUGGUUAUCUGCCAAUGGGGUUUUGAUGAUGAAGCAAAUCAUCUCUUAAUGCACAGGAACUUGCCUGCCGUCAGAUGGGUUGGUGGUGUAGAGCUGGAAUUGAUAGCAAUCGCAACAGGAGGAAGAAUUGUGCCUAGGUUCCAGGAAUUAACUCCAGAAAAGUUGGGAAAGGCUGGUAUGGUUCGAGAAAAAUCAUUUGGUACAACAAAAGACCGGAUGCUGUAUAUUGAGCAUUGUGCAAAUUCAAGGGCAGUGACAAUAUUUAUUCGAGGAGGUAAUAAAAUGAUCAUAGAGGAGACAAAAAGGAGCCUUCAUGAUGCCUUGUGUGUAGCUAGAAAUCUCAUCCGCAACAAUUCAAUUGUAUAUGGUGGUGGCUCAGCCGAAAUAUCCUCUUCUGUUGCUGUGGAGGCAGCUGCGGACAGAUAUCCUGGAGUAGAACAGUAUGCUAUUAGAGCAUUUGCCGAUGCACUGGACUCUGUCCCAAUGGCCCUUGCUGAAAACAGCGGUCUCCAACCUAUUGAAACUCUAUCUGCUGUGAAGUCUCUGCAAAUAAAGGAGAACAAUCCCCAUUUGGGCAUUGAUUGCAAUGACGUUGGCACUAACGAUAUGCGGGAGCAAGAUGUCUUUGAGACGUUAAUUGGGAAGCAACAACAGAUUCUGCUUGCGACUCAAGUCGUCAAGAUGAUACUGAAAAUUGAUGAUGUUAUAUCCCCAUCUCAAUACUGAUUCCUUUAGUUGUAAACUCUGUUCUGAUGGGUUGAUUUGGUUUCUAGAGCAAGAAAUUAACCAUAUGGUUCCCCUGAUUAAAUUUGUAUCAUGGAUUUUGGCUUGGCUUUGUGUUGGAGAUGAAUGGCCUUUUGUUUUGUUGGACGAUCCUAUUCAAGUCUUGAAAAAAUUAUGGAUUAAUUUAUUGUACUUUUGAGCUUGUAACAGUGGGCAGGAGAGAAAAUGAAGUGGGGACCUGUUUUUGUUGCUCU